AUGGAUGAUGAAAAUAUUAUUCAAUUGAAAUUAAUAUUACCUAUAUUAAUAGAAUUAAAUAUAUUUUAUUUAAUUUCUUCUCAAUGUGAUGAAGAUAAAAUAAUAUCUCAUCUUUCAAUGUCGAAUUUAAAAAUAUUAUCUAUAUUAACAUAUUUAAUAAUAUCUUUAAUACCAUAUUUAAAUAUUUUUAAAUUUAAAUUUAGUUAUAAUCGUAUAUAUCGAAAUGAAACAUUUUUUUAA